AACCAUAUUAGGGUAGUCCGGCUUGGAGAGCGGCCGCAGUCUGUUUGUCCUGUUUCAGUUCGGAGGCGCUCACCGCUAGGCUGUUGUGAACAUGUCGGCAAAAGAUCAGACAAGCCCCAACGCAGGGAAGAAGCGGCCCCGGAAUGAUGUGGGGAACAGGGUGACUGUUGUUCUCGGUGGACAGUGGGGCGACGAAGGCAAGGGAAAAGUGGUCGAUCUGCUUGCGACUGAGUCGGACAUUGUGUGCAGAUGUCAGGGAGGCAACAAUGCGGGUCAUACUGUAGUGGUAGACGGCAAAGAAUAUGACUUCCACCUCCUUCCCAGCGGCAUCAUCAACUCCAAAGCCACCUCUUUCAUCGGUAAUGGAGUUGUCAUCCAUCUUCCUGGAUUAUUUGAGGAAGGGGAUAAAAAUGAGAAGAAAGGUCUCAAAGACUGGGAGAAGAGAGUGGUCAUCUCCGACAGGGCCCACAUAGUGUUUGACUUCCACCAGGAGGUGGAUGGUCUUCAGGAGGCGCAGCGGAAGGCCCAGGAGGGGAAGAACAUUGGAACCACAAAAAAAGGAAUCGGACCGACAUACUCCAGCAAAGCUUCUCGCACCGGCCUGAGAAUCUGUGACCUGCUCGCUGACUUCAAAGAGUUUUCAGCCAGAUUCAAACUGCUUGCUCAGCAGUACCAGUCCAUGUUCCCUACUCUGGAAGUGGACGUCGACGGCCAGCUGAAGAAACUUCAGGAGUAUGCUGAGCGUAUCAGGCCCAUGGUGAGAGAUGGGGUGUAUUUCAUGUACGAGGCUCUCCACGGAUCACCCAAGAGGAUCCUCGUGGAGGGAGCCAACGCUGCCCUGCUUGACAUUGACUUUGGUACAUAUCCCUUUGUGACAUCAUCAAACUGCACCGUUGGUGGCGUGUGCACCGGGCUUGGCAUCCCUCCACAGAAUGUGGGUGAUGUUUAUGGCGUGGUCAAGGCCUACACCACCCGUGUGGGAAUUGGUGCAUUUCCCACUGAACAGCUCAACGACGUCGGGGAGCUGCUUCAGACCAGAGGCCAUGAGGUGGGCGUGACCACGGGGCGGAAGCGGCGCUGUGGUUGGCUGGAUCUGGUCAUCCUGCGCUAUGCCUACAUGAUCAACGGCUUCACUGCGUUGGCUUUAACCAAACUUGAUAUCCUUGAUGUGAUGGAUGAGAUCAAAGUUGGUGUUGCGUACAAACUCAAUGGCAAACGAAUCCCAUACUUUCCAGCCAACUUGGAGAUUCUUCAGAAGGUGGAGGUGGAGUACGAGAAGCUGCCGGGGUGGAAGAGUGACACCUCACCAUGCAGGAAGUGGGACGAGCUGCCAGCCAAGGCCCAGAGCUACAUUCGCUUUGUGGAGAGCCACGUCGGUGUCCCUAUCAAGUGGGUCGGAGUUGGGAAGUCCAGAGAAUGCAUGAUCCAGUUGUUCUAGGGAUUCCAAGAACCUCCAGUGCUUCAUGCAUCCUCUCUCCAUCUCUCUCUCUAUCUAUCUAGCUCUCUCUCUCUUUAUCUCUCUCUCUCUCUCUCUCUCUCUCUCUCUCUAUCUAUCUAUCUAUCUAUCUCUCACUCAGCACCAGCCCAUUCAUGGUGCUGUUCAGGAUGUAUACUCCCUUUGUUGUCCCUGUAAAUGGUCAUUUUCAGUUUCAUUUCCUGGUAAAACAGAACACAACAAAAGAAUAUCGAAUUAUUAGAGUGGAAAGAUGACCACAGUGCCCUUCACAAUACAUGCAAUAAAUCUACUGAUGCACUGAUUGCAAGACCAAAACUACUGAAAGCGCAAUAUGUUGGACAAGUCCUGUUUACAUGAAGAAUAUCCAACUCUGUCAUGACGUGCCCCAUUGCAAUAAAAUCAAGUAAUUUGCAUUCUU